ACGGUUCAUUUGACGUACUCAGUGCUCGACCCCCACAGAAUCCAUCGAUUAUUGAGUGUUGGUGGAAGAAAACGGGAAAAAACAGAGUUCAUAAGUGAAAUUAGUUUUGUACGCGUCGAGUUGGUUUGGAUACGUGUCUUUUCUUUCUGUCGGUAACAUGGGGAACUGCCAUACCGUCGGACCAAACGAGGCCCUUGUGGUUUCAGGUGGCUGCUGUGGCUCAGAUCAGAAGACAUACGUUGUGGGAGGCUGGGCUUGGGCCUGGUGGCUGAUCUCUGACAUCCAGAGGAUAACGCUUGAGAUUAUGACCCUGCAGCCCAAGUGUGAGGAUGUAGAGACAGCGGAGGGUGUAGCUAUUACUGUCACUGGGGUGGCUCAGGUAAAGGUGAUGACGGAAGAUGAGCUGCUGGGUUAUGCCUGCGAGCAGUUCCUGGGGAAGUCAGUCACUGAGAUCAAGAGUGUGAUCCUGCAGACCCUUGAGGGUCACCUGCGUGCCAUCCUCGGUACCCUCACUGUUGAGCAGAUUUACCAAGACAGAGACAAAUUUGCCACCCUGGUGCGAGAGGUGGCAGCACCUGAUGUCGGCCGCAUGGGCAUCGAGAUCCUCAGCUUCACCAUCAAGGAUGUGUAUGAUAAAGUGGAGUACCUGAGCUCACUGGGCAAAACUCAGACAGCUGCAGUACAGAGGGACGCAGACAUCGGAGUGGCAGAGGCAGAAAGAGACGCUGGCAUCAGGGAAGCUGAGUGUAAGAAAGAGAUGAUGGAUGUUAAGUUCUUAGCUGACACAAAAAUGGCUGACUCCAAACGAGAGCUGGAAAUGCAGAAAGCUGCCUUUAAUCAGGAAGUGAACACAAAGAAAGCAGAGGCUCAGCUGGCGUACGAGCUGCAGGCGGCCAAAGAGCAGCAGAAGAUCCGUCUUGAGGAGAUCGAGAUUGAGGUGGUGCAAAGGAAGAAGCAGAUCACUAUCGAGGAGAAGGAGAUUGACCGCACUGACAAGGAGCUCGUCGCCACCGUGAAGAGACCCGCCGAGGCUGAAGCCUACAAGAUGCAGCAGCUGGCUGAGGGACGCAAGAAAAAGACAGUUCUGACGGCGCAGGCAGAGGCUGACAAGAUCCGCCUUAUCGGUGAAGCAGAGGCCUCCUCUAUUGAAGCGGUGGGAAAGGCAGAGGCUGAGAAGAUGAGGCUGAAAGCUGAAGCCUAUCAGGAAUAUGGAGAGGCUGCCAAGACGGCUCUGGUCCUGGAGGCUCUGCCCAUGAUUGCCAGUAAGGUGGCUGCACCGCUGUCCAAGACCAAUGAGAUUGUCAUCCUGAGUGGAGAGGGCAGCCGCGUGACUGGAGAGGUGACCCGUCUGCUAGCUGAACUCCCCGUGUCUGUCAACGCCCUCACCGGGGUGGAUCUGACUAAGAUCCCUGCGCUCCAGAAGAUGAUGGGCCCACAGUGCCAAACAGCCAUCUGAUGAAUCAGGCCAGAGCCUCGUUACUCUGAAUCCUUCCACAUAUAUCUGCCUCAAGCAUGAAAAGAGUUUUUUCAGCCUCUGACCCCUUAUGCAACUGCCUUUGACCAGAAACACUUGACACCAACCAAGAAGUUUUUAUAUUUUUAAGAGGUUUUUAAUUUUCUAAAGGAAAAAAAAAGCUGGGGCCUUACUUCUAAAGGACCAGAUUAUAUGUUUUGUUUUUAGUUGUAGAUACAUUGAUCCUUAUCACACUGCACUAGUUAGCCAGGAUUAUAUGCUGCCAUCCUCUCCAGUCGGCCCACUUUGAAUGUGGUGGUGUUAGAUAUCAUUUUUGGAGGGAGAAGCCUCCAGUCUUCAGUGCUAGAAAGAGUCCAAAACACAACGGCCAAAUCUUGAUAUUGUUCUCCAGAGCUGUUUAAGUUUCUGCCUGGAGUUUGGAGUGCACCACCUCCCUGUCAGGUGUAUUCACCGUUGGGAGCAGCUCCCGCCUCUUCAUCCUCCAACUGUCAUCCAACGCUCAGCGCCCAGUUAGUGACGUACCUCGCAGUAGACUGAGCCCAGUGUGAUGGGCAGCUUUUAUUUUUCCUUUGCCUUUAUGCUUUCAUAGAUUAGUUAACUCUAACUCAGAGAGAUCUCGAUGGAUUACCAAACCGCUGUUACACAUACCAGAUCUUCACCCACUGUGAUUGUAAAAUUUAUUAUGGUAUCAGUACUAUCUGAAUCACUUGUAUGAUAAUUCUUACCUCUGUCAUGUUGCCUGUCUUCUCGUUCUGAUGUGCAGUGCCUGUUCACCACUCAAGUGCCCAAACCUUAGGACAGUAAGUGGUUUGGCUUUAGAUGGAUUUAUGUCACAAUCACUAUAUAUAUAUAAAUAUAUCACUGUAUGUCACACAGUAUAUCGCUGUGUUAUAGCUGGAUUAAGUUUUAAUAUCGCUCUUGUAACAUCUGCUUGUACUAACAACAGUGUUUACUCUUCACUUUUGUCGCAUGUUUGGACUCAUAGGCCGCGAUAAACACAAAGCCAUACUUAGAGAAGUUUAGCCUUAAAGAAGAAACCCUGGACGCCUGCCGGGCUUACCGGACAUUUCUUUAUAACUCGAGUGGUAAUCGUUCAGGGUCUGAGCUUUAAUCCAUUUUGUUACUCCUCUCUGUCUCUUUACUCCUCCUGAGAUUAACUGUCAGUCCUCCUCCUACUCAGAUGCUGUCACAUAUUGCUCCGAUGUUGUUUUGAAAUAUUUUGUAGACUACAAUCAUGGAUGGAUUACUAAAUGGGCCACCCGGGCAAAGGCCUAAGGGUCCAAAGGGUCAGGGGGCCCUGGGGCCAGACACUCUGUUUGAAGUGACACACCUUAAGAGCCGUCCACAUCAAGAACGAUAAUAAUAUGAGCAUCAAUACUGAUGAACAAUAAAGUUAUGUAAACACUGGUGCCAAACGCUGCGCACCCCAGCUGUGACGCCCUGUAAAUUCAGAUGGAUUUGAUUUUGACCGGCUGUCUGUGUUCGCUCUGAAAGUGAUCCAGACUGUCACUUUCGUUAAAGUUGUGGUGUGGCCUACACCAUCCACUUGAGUUAGAACCAUUUUUAGUUAUCAUUCUCGGUGUGGACGGCCCUUUAUUGGAAAGAAAAAUCAGACAACCUCAAAGACAUACCAACUAAUCGCAAAGAGACAGAAAACAACAAAAAAGGAACAACAGACAUUGUAAAGAGACGUAAAACAACCACAUAGAGAUGUAAAAUGACUAUAAAGGAACACAACACAACCACGAAGACAUAAAACGACUAUAAAGGAACACAACACAACCACAAAGAGACGUAAAACCACCACAUAGACAUAAACAGGGUUCCCACGAAAUUCCUUGAAAAGUUAUGAAAUGAUAAAGGCCUGGAAAUUGUUUGGAAAUAACAGUGUUUUGGAAAGGUGUUGAAUACACAUUAUGUUGGCUGUUUAACAUAUGUUCAUAAACAUGUCUAACAUUACAUGUACAUGUUCCUUGUAUUACUGAUUUAAAAUCUAGUGCUGCGCUGCGUGACUGUUGAAACGUCACUAGUAUCAUGUGAUACACGCUCCCUUUUGAGGGAAAGAAGCACAAAAAGUACCCGUAUGUGCCAGUCAGCUCUAUUGGCAUCAUCUGCAGCUAGGCAGUGGCUUGAAUGUCUAAUAAGUGAGUAAAGUUGGCAAGUGCUAGCAGUUGCACUUAUCUGCAAAUGCCAGGGAAGGGCGUGUUUGAUAGCGUAUGGCUGUAUCAGGACACAUUUUACUUCAAGUCAUGGAUAUGGGGUUAAAUAUUGUGUUGAAAGUGUGGGAACCCUGCAUACAAACAACCACAAAGACACACUUCACGACUAGAAACUAUGUUUUUGUCUCUUUCAGUAUGGGGGUCUUGCUCCUUUGUAGAAGGAGUGUGUUCAUGUGUUGUUGUUUUUUCCAUGUCUGCACCCGGGAACCCAUUGUCUCGUAAUCUGUCCAUCACUAUAUACAUAUUUUAUAACUUUAAACAGUAACAUCCUCCUCACAUCUUCAGUUUGAAAGUUGUCACCAAAUCUGUGAUGACAAAGCAGGAAUAUAAGUUGCAGGAUAAUUGAGGUGUGACAAGGGGGUUUGUCUUCAGUUUGGUAGAUGUUAAUCGAGCGGUUGGACCAAUGACUCUUUUUUUCAGCUCUCAUUUCUUCUCUUCAGUCGAAUUACCACACGUAGUCUGUUACAAUCAUUUAACUGUUGAAAGCCAGAUGACAAAGUGAUGGCUCAGUGUUACACAAUCAAUUGUGACAUGAGGACAGUGUGCAACAAGUUUCAAUCUCUAGAUGGCAGGAUUUAAACCCGAAUGAGCCUUUUGUUGCUGCUGUUAUAAAUUUUUAUUACUUUUAUUUUCAUACCUGUGUUGUUUAACUAGUUCAUCCAGGCUGCCCUGUUUUAAUUUCCUGUUUAAUCACAUUGUGAAUUAUCUUUAACCACUUUACAGAAUCUGUGACCUUUAAAUAUAUUGUUUCUAUUUUGCCACUGACCGUUAUCAAACAAAAGUUUUCAUAGUCACACCAUUUUCUUCAUUUUCUGUGAAUAAACAUGUGGCUUGUUUGGUCUGAGCAAAUUUCAUCUUGUUUUUGUCUUUGAUGUGAGUGUGACCGUUUCCUUUCGUUUCCUUGUGUGUCUGCUUAUUUGACCAGUUGUAACUGUUGGUGAAAACGCUGCCUGUCUUGCCACAAAUACAGUAACGUUGUUAACCUGUUUGAUGUGUAAUGUUCCUUACCAUCAUUUGGAAAGGCCAGUAUUUUUUAACAAGUUAAUUAGACAUCAGUCAUUAGUCAUUAAAAUCUUAUCUCCAUUUUCAAACUGUACUUCAGGGACACGGAGGAGAUUGAGACAAGUGUCAUUUUAAUUCGGCUGGACAAUACAUGAUUGACAUUUUUUGUCAAACACAGUGGCUGAUCUGGAAAUACAAAAUUUUACCCCCAGUGUCAUUUCUGAAAGUAUUCACGGUGAGAAAACCGCUUCAGAAUUGUCUUGACAGUAUAAAAAUGUAGCAUUAUGUUCUUUACAUAUCUGAGAUGAAUCAACUGCGAGUGGUUGUGUUGUAUGGAGGACCGAGACUGCCAAAAUCAAACAUUCUAAAAAAAAAAAAAAAAAAGACUUGAUAAAUAAAUUGAUAUGACAUUAAAUGUGCCAAAAAAAUUGAAAACAAAUGUGACAUAGCUGAUUUCAAAAUUCUUCUUUAUAUAUAUUUCCUUUUAAAAAAUUGAUUCCCCAUUUAUAUAUAUAAGUAAUUUUUAAAUGUAUUUAUUUUUGCAUUUCGAUUUAUUUUUGAUUUUUUAAGAUGAAUUUAUUUAUUUAGGCAUGGCAUUAUAGAAGCAAUGCAUAUUUAGUGGAUCCAUGCACUCUAAUGUUGAUAAACCAAAGUUGACCUCAUAACAAGAAAUAAUGGGGGGAAAAGAAAAUAAUACAAAAAUAAACAAAUUCAGAAAAAAAAUGCAUAAAUAUUUAUAGAAUUAAAUAUAUUUAUAAAUAAAUACAUGUAAAAUUAAAUUUAAAAAAUAAAUGCAAAUAUAAAUUAAUACAUUUAAAAAUAAAUGCAAAUAAAUAAUUAAAUUGGGAAAUUAAGCAGGCAAGUAAAUAAAUAGGGGAACCAAUACAAAGAUCACAUUUUAUUAUUUUUGUUUUUAAUACUAUUUUUCAUACAUUUAACGGCAUAAUUUAUUUAUCGAGUCAUUUAUUUAUUUAUUUUAUUUUGGCAGAAUUCAUCCUCCGUAGUUUCCAAGCUGGGCAAAGGUUAAAGCAACUGAAUAAAAUGGUUAACUUAGUGUUAUACUUUGUAUUGCUCCUUUUAGUUAGAAAAAUAGAUUUUAUUUGUACUCAGUGCCUUUGUUGUUAAACAAUGAAGAGGUCAUUCACACUUAAUGUGCAGUCCGUUGACUUGUGAUCAUAGCAUUGGGAGUACUGAUGUGAUAUUCUAUUAUGAAUUUACUGUAAGACAAAGAUCGACUUGUAGAAUAUAUGAAUGUUAUAAAUAUAUAGUGUUCAGCUCUAAGUUUUCCUCUUUCUAUUUUUUCAGUUUUAUGUACUUCUAGAACUUUAAUGCAAAUGUGUUAGGGAACGAUAUAGAUUUAAAUAUCUAGUUAAAUAUUAUAGUGUUGAGUAGCAUUUAACAGCUUUUCCUUUGGGUUCUGGACCUCUUAAAGUAUUUUCAUUUUUUAUUUUGGCCAUUAUAUCGUGUGCCAGAAAAAAAAAAAACUUUUUUUUUUUUU